AUGAAGUCGUCGACGGCGCCAGCCAAGCCUCGUAGUCAAAUGCCCUCUACUUCGGUGGUGCGCGGACAUGUUGGUCAGUCGCAAGUUCGAGAUCGAAGCGGCCGCAUCUCGGAGUACUCGUCAUCUGAUGACAAGUGCCCUAUAUGCAAGACGGACAGAUACCUGUCACCACGUCUUCGACUGCUAGUGAGUCCAUGUUACCACAAAAUGUGCGAGUCAUGCAUAGAUCGGCUAUUCUCACUCGGGCCUGCCGCGUGCCCCGAGUGUGGUCAAGUCGUACGGAAGCAGCAGUUUAGCGCACAGAUUUUUGAAGACCUGCAAGUCGAGGAGGAGGUGAAUAUACGAAAGCGCGUAUCGCGGCUAUUCAAUCGCAGGCCUGAGGAGUUUCCUACACUACGCGCGUACAACGACUACCUGGAGGAAUUCGAAGAGAUCACCUUCAAUCUUGUACAUAAAAUUGAUCUCGAGCAUACGCAAACGAAAUUGGCGCAAUAUGAAGCGUUGAACAAGUCGUUCAUUGCACAGCAGCAGCAGCAACGCGAGCAGGAAUCGAUACGGCAGCAGCAGCUGGAUGAAGCGUCCCGACAGGAACGUAUGCUGCGUGCGCAAAAAGUUAAGGAGGAGCAGGAGCUUGAGCAGCGGGAGCGGGAAGCUGAAGAGAAAGCAAUUGUUGCCGAGCUCGAGAAAGGUCGUAGCAUUGAUGAUGUGAUGCAAGAGCAUGAGAAACGGCGCCAAGAUCGACUUGCUGCAUCCAAGAAACGUGCGAUGGAGGAACGACAACGCCAGAAGCUAUUCGAAGAACGCUUGCACGAAGCGCCCGUGAGUGCGCGACCAAAAAUGAGUGCGGCUGAGCUUGAAUAUAUACACCAGGUGAUCCAGUCAGACUAUGUCGGCCCAUUUGCUACGCUGGACGAUGGUUCUGGGCUCGUGGCUGUUCGAGAAGCACCUGUGUCGUUGGGUGGCAUCGCAGCGAGCGGCUCUGCCGGCUAUGUGGAUCCAUGGCUCAAACCAGAGUUCGUCACGCCCAUUGCGAGUGCACAAAACCGAGCCGGAGGAUAUGACUGGCAGCACCAAGUAUGGCAGCGUGGGAUUUUGGCAGUUUGUGAUGGACUCUCUCUAGCACCGGACCUAGGAUGA